UAAACUUUUGCAUAACUCCAUCGUUCACUGUAUGCAUCAAUGGAGAAUGUAAAGGUUUAUUCAAAGGGGGAAAGGGAUUAAGGCAAGGAGACCCAAUUUCCCCCUCUUGUUUGUUAUGGUUAUGGAAUACUUCACUCGAGUUUUGGUCCAGUAUGCAGAAAAGUUCAAGCUCAGAUUUCACCCAAUGUGCAAGGACAUUAAACUCAUCAACUUAUGGUUUGCAGAUGACUUGAUAGUAAUAUGCAGACCAGAUGAGAAAUCUAUAAAGUGCGUCAUGGAGGUUCUAGCUCAUUUUAAAAAGACGACUGGACUUUCUAUCAACCAUGGUAAAUCACAGAUUGUAAUGGCAGGGGUCAACCAUAAAGAGAAGAAAAAGCUUAUUGAUAUGACAAAGAUCACAAAGGGCAAACUCCCCUUCACACACCUAGGCUGUCCAAUCUCAGCAAAUAAAUUGUCUAAUGUUGACUGUGAUGUGUUCAUAGAGAAAUUAACGUCAAGGAUCACAAGUUGGGCCACUAAACACUUAUCUUAUGUCGGGCGAGCCAGAUUGAUUAACUCAGUUUUGUUUGGAAUCAUUAACUUUUGGUAUAGAAUUUUCAUCAUUCCUGGCAGGGUAAUGAAGAAGGUGCAAGCCUUAUGUAGGAACUACCUCUGGGGGGUUGCUGAUCACUACAAACGAGUUCCACUAGUCAACUGGGAAGACACUUGCAAGCCAAAGGGCAAUGGAGGACUGAGAUUUAGGAAUCUUAAUGCCUGGAACAAAGCUUUAGUGAUGAAGCUAAAUUGGGAUAUUGCUAACAAGAAAGAUAACCUAUGGGUUAGGUGGAUUCAUAGUAGAUAUAUUAAGGGCAUGGAGUUCUGGAAUUACAACCCAAAACAGGAUACUUGCUAUUAUUGGAAGAGGAUGAUAAAAGUGAGGUCAGAAUUUGAGGGAAUGAUCAACAUAGGAGAAUACACACCAGAGGAAGGGUAUCUCUGGCUCCUAGGUCAACCCCCUAAAAUAGAGUGGGUUAACUUGGUGUGGAAUAGACUAACCAUUCCCAAACAUCAAUUCAACAUGUGGUUAAUACUGAAGAAUAGGCUACAGACAAGACAGAGACUGGGCAAAUUCCUCAACAUUGAUACGAAAUGCCUAUUCUGUGAUUUUGGGGAAGAGGAUAUCAACCAUCUUUUCUGGGACUGCCCAUUUGCCAAGGAGCUGAUCAGUAAGGUACUGGAACCAAUGGGAUGCAUACUCCAAGCUGCCAGCUUCCAUGAAUACUAUAUCAAGUUAAGCAAGCAUGGCACAAGAAGGGAGAGAAGAAUCUGGAUUGCAACCUGGGCGGCCACCUGCUACACAAUCUGGAAGGCCAGAAACACUAAGUGGCACCAAAAGGAGGAAAUGAGCGUGGAAGAGUGUGGAGCUUAUACCCAGAUGCUUAUUAUUUAAAAAAAAAUUGCUCGAUCAAGGCACCGAAUGUGCUUGCGCCAUCAUCGUCUUCAAAAAAAAAAACUUUUUUCAUGGCAGUACCAUGAAACUCCCAUGAUAUAAAAGGGGUUUAAUGUCCAAUCACGAAACUCUUGAAAAAAGAGGAUGAAUUGAAAAAUACUUAAUACUCGAAAACUAGGUACAGAAAACUAACUAGACUGACCUAGCAGAUAGAUAAUGAAUACACAUACAAAAA